AAAGAACUUGCCAACUUCAACUGCAUGUUCUCGGCCCCGAAAAGUCACAGGCUUGUGGUCCCUCGCCACGUGCGCGCAUCCUGCCCACACCCCAUUUUCAAUUUCCCCUUGAAUCCCCCAACCGCCCCCCAGCUGCAAAGCGCCCCUCGUCUGUCCACAACCAUGGUCAAAGCUGCCCCGGAACUCCAUUACGAAGUCGAUGUGAAAGUGAUGACGUUUGCGCUCAAGUUUCUCAACACGGCGCCCAAGGAAAAGCUCAUGGUCGAGCUUGACAUGCCUGAAUCGACCGCCGACAAAGUGAUUGACCAACGCGACUUUGGCGGGUACAAAAACUUGGACGACAUUUUUGAAAAGAAGCUCAUGCGCAAGAAGAAGUUUAACGUGUUUCGAGACCGCCUGCUCGCGUAUGCCAAGGACAACCGACCGACUGAAAAGGCCACCGACGACGACAGUGCCCCCACGUCGAAGAAAGGCAAGAAGAAGGGCGGCGCCACUACCCCCCAAGCUGAUGCGCUGCUGCAGCUGCAAAAAGCGGAAAAACCCGUGUUUAAGGAAACCGAACCACUGCGCUUGCGCUUUGGAUAUUUAUUGCCGACUCCCGUCGUGGAAGCUCCUGUCGAACAUGAAGCUGAAGUGGUCGAAGUCGCCCAACCCGUGACCGUCGCUUAAUCGCAGCGCGUUCCAUGAGUAGUUUUGUCGAUCGUUCUGCGUGUAACCCCAACAAUUGUACAUUUGCCCCUA